AUGAACCCAUUCCAGCGGCCGGCGGCCUGGCUGUCCGCCUUUCGCCGCGACCUGACGCUGUCGGAAAUCAGUGGCGCGAUGGGCGACCUGGGCACCUUCCUUCCGCUGGUGCUGGGCCUGGUGCGGCAGGUGGGCCUGGACCUGGGCACCACGCUCGUGGCCACGGGCGCCUACAACGUCGUCACCGGCCUACACUUCGGCAUCCCGAUGCCCGUUCAGCCGAUGAAGACCAUAUCGGCGGUGGCGCUGUCGGACGAGCCGCUCAGCGUGCCCGAGGUCAUGGUGGCGGGGCUGGGCGUCAGCGCCAUGGUGCUGUUUCUGGGGCUCACGGGCCUCAUGAGCCACUUCAACAGGCUGGUGCCAAUGCCGCUUGUCCGGGGGGUCCAACUCGGCGUCGGACUGAAGCUGGCUAUCAAAGGGUUUGGUAUGGUGUUGUACAAGGCAGCCAGUGGCAGGGUAUGGAGGGACUGGUGGGGAAUCGAGGGUCUGGUUCUGGGCAUAUUUGGCUUCGUUUUUGUUGCGACUACGACCAUGCCUUCAGCGGCAGUUGUGUUGAAGGGCACAGAUACGCAUGAAAACAAAGCUGCUAAUAGUGAAAGGAAGUUGCAGGAAUCUCAAAAGGGCGGACCAGCAGGCAGCGAUUCUUCCACAGAUGGGGACACACAGCACGACAUGGAGUCUAUGGGGGGGGCGUCAGCCCUUGCACUGGCCACAUCUCGAGAAUCAUCAAGGGCGCUCGUUUGUCAGACCAGCAGCAGCGACGGCAGCCAAGGCAGCAGCAACAGUCCUUCUCCAUGCUGUGGCUCCACAGGUGCCGCUCGUAAGGUGCCUGCUGCACUCUUGCUGGUGGUCCUGGGUCUCGUGCUGACGAUGUCAUUUCACCCAUCAACCUUGAAGUCGCUGAGCUUGGGCCCAAGCAGCGUGGACAUCAUCGUCCCCACAUGGAGUGAGGUCAAGACGGGCCUGCUGCGGGGCGGCCUGCCCCAGCUUCCCUUGACGACCCUCAAUUCUGUCGUGGCUGUUUGCAAGCUCUCCUCAGACCUGUUUCCUGACAGACCAGCGAACCCUGACAGUGUUGCCUUCAGUGUGGGCUUGAUGAACAUCAUAGGGGCAUGGUUUGGUGCGAUGCCGUCCUGUCACGGGGCGGGGGGCUUGGCGGCACAGACUCGGUUUGGGGCCCGAAGCGGGGCAGCACCCGUGUUCUUGGGGAUCGUCAAGAUCGCCCUCGGUCUGCUGUUUGGCAGCUCACUGUUCACUCUGCUGCAGAGGUUUCCUGAGCCCCUCCUGGGCUCCAUGCUCGUGUUCUCGGGUGUAGAACUCGCUGCGUGUUGCCGAUCUGAGAAAGACGCCAAAGGGGUGGCCCUAAUGCUGAUAACGGCCGCGUCCAUUUUCGCAACAAAGAACACGGCGAUUGGUUUUGGCAUUGGAGCCGGUGCAGCGCUCAUUGGAAAGAUAGGGGACGUCGCCUUGCUUCACUGGCAGAAGGGUAGACGCUCAGCCGGUGGUGAGCAGGAUUGUGGGCAUGCAGCUGUGAAAGUGUCUGAUUGCUGUUGA